GACAGAGAAAUAAGAAGUGUGUGUGUGGCUUUGGACUUGACCAACCCAAAACCACACUCGUCUCGGGUUUUUGGGUUAGACCCGGCAACGAAGCGAUGCAGACGAGAUCCUCUUCCUCACCCUCGCCUGACCACCGCCGCGAAAGCCAGCUGCAAAUCGCCGAUCCCACUUCGUUUUGCGGCAAGAUUUUACCUGGUUGGACCGUCGUGAAUCGGCCGCGAUCUAGCAGAAACGGCAGUGUUGAUACGUACUUUAUCGAGCCAGGGACUGGUAGACAGUUUUCAUCUCUAGAAGCUAUUCACAGACACUUGGCUCGAGAAGUAAAUGACAGACGUUUGACUCGAGCAGCAUCCUUCUUCCAGGAAAGGACAAGGGUUUAUGAAGGAUUAAGAACCAAACAGAAACAGGAUCACCGCAGAGUUGAAUAUGCCUCCAAGGGUUUCCGAUUGCCUAGAGGAUGGUCUGUUGAGGAGGUUCCGAGGAAAAACUCUCAUUAUAUUGAUAAGUAUUACGUUGAGCGAAAAACAGGAAAGCGCUUCCGUUCUCUUGUUUCCGUUGAGAGAUAUUUAAGAGAAUCCGGGAACCGUACAGAUCAGCAGCUUAUCCUUUUACAGAAUCGCCGAGGCCACUCCAAAGAUUUCAGUUUACCUGAUGGAUGGAUCGUUGAGGAGAAACCGCGAAGAAAUUCCAGUCAUAUAGACAGGUCUUAUAUUGAGCCAGGAACAGGAAAUAAAUUCCGUUCCAUGGCAGCCGUUGAGAGAUACUUGCAAGCAGUCGAGAACAGUACAGUUGACAUGGUGCAUUCCGAGCGGCUUGCUCUUCUGAUGAACCGGAGUGGUACCAGAUUUCAGGACGAAGUUAUCGACCCAAACCCACCGAAGAAAGUUAAGUGGGUCCUUACUGGUUCAGGCGGAGACAUGUUUACUGCGAAUGUAAGCGGAUCGGAUGUCUCUAGCUUAGUUAAACAGACAUGGUCCGAGGCUUUUGUUUCACUGAUCCAAGACCGCUCUUAACCGAUAUCUGAAUCCUAUGUUUGGCUUUUUCGUGGCCAGUUUAUCAAUUUGGUUUACGGUUAACAAGAUCUAUUCCAGUCAGUAGUCUCUUCAAGUUUGUUCAUACUUUGGUCUAGUUUAUAACUUACCCAAAUAACCGGUUUUGCCAAAUUUUUCAAGUUCAUAUUCGUGUGAACCGGAUUUUGGUAAUUCGGGCAGGUAUGUUUUUUUUUUGGUGAGAUUCGGGCAGGUAUGUUAGUGCUCAUAUUUAGUUUGGGGACUUUAAAUCGGAUGGUGGUGUAGUAAGGUGUAAAUAAUGGUUGAAAUUUUCAAGUCGUGACGUGAAAAUGUGUUUCUAAAAA